AGAGUUCUGACUGCCCAGUCCUCCUUUUUCCUCAUUUUCUGUCAGCUGCUUCCAUUCUUUUCCCGGUUAUGGCGGCGGUGGCUGCUGCCUACGUGGUGCGGCUGCUCCUGGGCUCUGUGUCCUUGUCGCUCCCCCUGCUCGGGGCUGAAGCGUCCUCCGCUCCCGCCUCCUCCAAGGCGGUGACGGCGAGCUUGUCUGCGAAAUGGCCCGCGACCCCACUGCUGCUGGAGGCGAGUGAAUUUAUGGCAGAAGAAAGUAACGAGAAGUUUUGGCAGUUUCUGGAAACCAUACGAGAAUUAACAAUAUACAAGCAAGGAGACUCAGAAUACUCAUAUUACAACUUAAUCUUGAAAAAAGCAGGACAAUUUUUAAACAAUUUGCAGAUCAAUCUCUUAAAAUUUGCCUUGUCUAUAAGAGCAUACUCACCGACUAUUCAAAUGUUUCAGCAGAUUGCUGCUGAUGAACUACCACCAGAAGAUUGCAGUGCAUUUGUGGUUAUCCAUAAGGAGUGUACCUGUAAAACUAAGGAGAUUAAAAAGCUUCUGAAGAAGGCUACUGUGAGGCCUAGGCCUUAUUUAUUUAAAGGAGAUCAUAAAUACCCCACAGUUACUGAAAACCUACCAGUGAUCAUACUUUAUGCAGAAAUGGGUACUAAAGACUUCAAUAAAUUUCACAAAAUUCUUUCUGAGAAAGCUCAAAAAGGAGAAAUUCUGUAUGUGUUCCGACAUUUUAUUCAGAAACCAGGCUCUAGGAAAAUGAACUUAUCUGGAUAUGGUGUGGAACUUGCAAUUAAGAGUACUGAGUACAAAGCACUGGAUGAUACACAGGUUAAAGCUAUGAAUAAUACAGUGAUUGAGGAUGAUAAUGAACCAACUGAAGUGCAAGGAUUUCUCUUUGAAAAAUUGAAAGAAAUAUAUCCAGAUCUUAGAGAAAAUCUGAAAGAGUUCCGAAAACAUCUUGUCCAAAGUAGUAAAGAAAUGGUACCUCUAAAGGCCUGGGAGCUGCAAGAUCUUAGCCUUCAAGCAGCUUCUCAAAUUAUGUCUGCUCCAGUUUAUAAGGCCAUAAAAUUAAUGAGAGAUAUUUCUCAAAACUUCCCAAUGAAAGCCAGAUCGCUAUCUAGAAUUACUGUAAAUCAACAAAUGCGAGUGGAAAUAGAAGAAAAUCAAAAGAGUCUCCAUGAUAGACUUGAAAUUGAGCCAGGAGAUGCUCGUCUAUUUAUAAAUGGUCUUCAGAUUGACUUGGACUUUCAUGAUCCAUUUAGUAUUCUGGAUAUGCUGAAAUUAGAAGGGAAAGCAAUGAAUGGCCUUCGUGAUCUUGGGAUUAAAGAAAAAGACUUCAGCAAACUUUUAAAAUUAAAAACACAUCAUAUGGAUGACAACUAUGCAUUAGAUAUUCGACAUGCUUCAAUAAUGUGGAUGAAUAAUUUAGAACAAGAUGAUAUAUAUGCUAUGUGGCCAGCGAGUUGCCAGGAACUUUUGGAGCCAAUAUACCCUGGAAAUAUACCCUCAAUUAGACGUAAUUUUUAUAAUCUGGUUCUUUUUAUUGAUCCUGGUCAAGAAGUUACAACAGAUUUUGUAAAAAUUGCUGAACUAUUCUAUCAGUACAGAAUUCCUCUAAGAAUAGGUUUUGUUUUCGUUAUUAAUACAGAUGAUGUAAUUGAUGGACAUAAUGAUGCUGGAGUUGCCCUUUGGCGAGUUAUCAAUUACAUUAAAGAAGAAUAUAACAUCACACAAGCUUUUGCUGCCAUAGUAAAAAUGUACCAUAAUGUGAAAGAAGGAAACUUAUUAACUGUGGAUAUCAUUAAAAAUGUUGUGCUAAAUACAUUUCCUGAUACUGAUCUUCAGGAUAUCCUGGGAGUUCAGUCUGAAUAUGACAUAAACAGAAAGGCAGGAAUUACUUUUUAUAAAAAGACUGGACUUGGUCCUUUGCCUCAAGCAUUAUUUAAUGGUGAGCCCUUUACCAUUGAAGAAAUGAAUUCCAAAGAAUUAGAUAAAAUCAUUCUCCAAAGGAUCAUGAACACAGCUGGAUUCUUGCAAAAGGCAGUUUUUAUGGGCUUGUUAAAUGAUGAGAUGGAUGUGAUAAAUUUUCUCAUGGAUCAGGAUAAUAUCGUACCUCAUAUGAAUCCUAUAGUUUUGGGAAACAAAAGGCAAUACCUUAAUUUAAUAUCUACCUCAGUGACUGUUGAUAUUGAAGAUUUCACUACUUUCUCUUUCUUGGAUUCACAAGACAAGAGUGCCAUAAUUGCAGAGAACAUGUAUUAUUUAUCCAGAAAAGAUAAAGAUGUAAUUUCUGCAGUCACCAUCUGGAUUAUUGCUGAUUUUGAUAAGCCAUCAGGGAGAAAACUACUUUUAAAUGCUUUGAAGCACAUGAAAACAAGUAUUCAUACUCGGUUGGGAGUUAUUUAUAAUCCUACAUCAAAAAUAAAUGAAGCAAACACAGUUAUUUCUAGAGGGAUUUUGGCAGCUUUUCUUACACAGGAAAACAGCUAUUUAAGAAGCUUUCUUAAUAAACUGGCAAAAGAAGAAACUUCUAAAGCCUUGCAAACUGGAGCAAAAAUAAAGACAUUCCUUCUUCCGGGAAUGGCUGAGAAUGCUUUUGUCAAGAAGUACAAUACCAUUGGAAUGAAUGUUUUCCAAACCCAUAAGUUGUUCUGUCAAGAAGUUCUCAAAUUGCUUCCUGGGGAAAGGGCUAUUAUCAGCAAUGGGAGGAUCCUAGGACCGCUGGGAGAAAAUGAUUUACAUGCAGAAGAUUUUCAAUUGUUGGAAAAAAUAACAUUAAUUAACUCAGCAAAGAAGAUUAAAGCCAUUAUUAAGGAUAUAGAAACCAACCCCAAACGUGGAAGUGAUCUGGUUAUGAAGGUGGAUGCCCUUCUCUCCUCUAUGCCUAAAAGUGAAUCACGGCACGAUGUCACGUUCCCUAAAGAACAACACAGUGUUAUAAACAUAAAUCCUCAAGAAAGUGAUAUAUUCUAUGAUGUCAUUGCUAUUGUUGAUCCAUUAACAAGAGAAGCACAGAAGAUGGCUCAAUUAUUGGUUGUUCUUGGCCAAGUUGUCAACAUGAAGCUGAAAUUGUUUUUGAACUGUAGGUCAAAACUUUCAGAGACACCAUUGAAGAGUUUUUACCGAUUUGUUUUGGAACCAGAAAUUACUCCAGGGCCAAAUAACAUUCUUUCUUUGGGGCCUAUGGCAAAGUUCCAAGAAAUGCCUGAAUCACCUCUUCUGACUCUCAACAUGAUUACUCCUGAAGGCUGGUUGGUUGAAGCAGUACACAGUUCCUGUGACCUUGAUAAUAUUUACUUAAAGGAUAUUGAGGGGACUGUCAGAGCAGAAUAUGAACUGGAAUAUUUACUGCUUGAAGGACAAUGCUUUGAUGAAACUACUGGACAACCUCCUCGGGGACUUCAGUUUACCCUAGGCAUGAAAAAGAAUCCCAUUAUGGUUGAUACCAUUGUGAUGGCCAACCUUGGAUAUUUUCAGUUAAAAGCAAAUCCUGGUGCUUGGAUUCUGAGAUUACGCCAAGGGAAAUCUGAAGAUAUUUACCAGAUAAGCAGACAUGAAGGAACAGACUCUCCACCAGAUGUAGAUGAGGUCAUUGUCGUAUUAAGCAACUUCAAAAGCAAGAUUCUGAAAAUCCACGUACAGAAAAAGCCAGAUAAAAUUGAUGAAGAUAUCCUUACAGAUAAAGAUGAAGAAGGAAAAGGAAUGUGGGAUUCCGUUAAGAGUUUCACAGGAGGACUGCAAGCAGAAACAAAGGAAAAGAAAACUGAUUUUCUAAAUAUUUUUUCAGUUGCUUCAGGCCAUUUAUAUGAACGCUUCUUGAGAAUUAUGAUGCUUUCUGUAUUGCGCAAUACAGAAACUCCUGUUAAAUUCUGGUUUCUGAAAAAUUAUCUCUCUCCAACAUUUAAAGAGAUAAUUCCUCACAUGGCUAAGGAAUAUGGAUUCCAGUAUGAGCUAGUCCAAUAUAGAUGGCCCCGUUGGCUUCACCGACAAACUGAAAAGCAAAGAAUUAUUUGGGGUUACAAGAUUCUUUUCCUUGAUGUUCUUUUUCCACUGGUUGUGGACAAAAUAAUUUUUGUGGAUGCUGAUCAGAUUGUGAGAACAGAUUUAAAAGAACUUAGAGACUUUGAUCUUGGUGGCGCACCAUAUGGUUACACACCAUUUUGUGACAGUCGAACUGAAAUGGAUGGAUACCGUUUCUGGAAGUCGGGAUAUUGGGCUUCUCAUUUAGUAAAAAGAAAGUACCAUAUCAGUGCCUUAUAUGUUGUGGAUCUCAAGAAAUUCAGAAAAAUUGCAGCUGGAGAUAGACUUAGAGGUCAGUAUCAGGCUCUUAGUCAGGACCCAAAUAGCCUGUCCAACUUAGAUCAGGACCUACCCAAUAAUAUGAUUCACCAAGUUGCCAUUAAGUCUCUUCCUCAAGAGUGGUUGUGGUGUGAAACAUGGUGUGAUGAUGAAUCCAAAAAAAAGGCCAAAACAAUUGAUCUGUGCAAUAAUCCCAAAACCAAAGAACCUAAAUUGAAAGCUGCUGUCCGGAUUAUCCCAGAAUGGAUAGAGUAUGACACUGAAAUUCGAAAUCUGUUAAAAGAGAUUGCAGUGGGAAAGAGAAAUUCAAGUAAAUCGUCCUCAAAAGAGGUUUUCACUCGAGAUGAACUCUAGCAUCUAUGAAAGAAGCCAUGAUACUGAAAACCGAAAUCUGCCAUAAUAUGGAAUAAAGAAUGACAACACUGCAGAGGCUGUGCUUUGAAUCUUUUACUGGAGUUCAGUUAAACAUUCUUCAAUUUUAAAAAAUGAUUAUUUAAAACUCACAUGUAACAUGUUAAGUAAACAAUUUCUUUUAAAAAGAGGUAAACCGUUUUUGUUCUACUGAAUUUUCAAAGCUAGCUUAUCAGUUUAUCUCGGUUUCAUGCCAAGUUUCAGCAGUUUUAUUGGAUUGUAAAUGUGUGUCUGGAAAUAAAACUGAUACUCCAAAUUGGCUAUUUCUGAUAGCAUUCACACAAAAGGCUGUGCAUAUUUGAAGUAUCUAAUCCAGAUUUGUUCAUGAACAAAAUGUAACUGAUAUUGGAGAAAUAUAUUUCUAUAUUUUUCUUUUCACCUGCUACUAAUAGAAAUAGAACUUAUUAGUAACUUUGUUCAACCAUUCAAAAAAAUUACCAUUUGAAAAAAUGAAUCUCUUUUUAUAUUUUAAUAAUUAUUUUACAAUGUAAGUAAUGUUGCUUUGUAAUCAGCUAUUUUGGUAUGUUUAGUCAUGUGAUCUGUAAUCAGUUAUUUUGAGUAAAUGGAAUUAUAUGAUGUUAUUUUUAAGUAACAUUUCCUUUCUGAUGUGUAUUUAUAAAGUGGCACUCAUGGGCAUGAAAAAUGAAUCUUAUUUAUUGUUCAUGAAAAAAGGUUAAACCAGUAUGGCAAACUAUUAUUACAAAAAAAGAUAAUUUAAAAUAAAUAUGACCUAAAUUAAGAACAUAAAAA